GAGAGAGAGAGAGAGAAAGAGAGGAGAGAAGAAAACGAUAUCGAUUAGACGGAAUGAUCGAGAGCGGCGAGUCGCAGAUAAUGCUUACGCGAUUUCUUACUCGCGACGUCUUUCAUUAGCGCGCAGCGAGCAACAUCUCAACGAGCGUCCUCCAACUCGAGCGUUAGCGAUCACCUCGGGGAGAGACGUUCGGUACACAUCAGAUACCGAGGUAGCUCUCGAGGUUGUUGCGCUUUCCAUUUGCGCGGGCCACUCGCGCGGGCUCCGGCUGUGUGUGCGAAUUACAACGGGUAGCUCGAGAUGCCGCACGAGCAGGGACGAAGAGGACAUUGCACGCGGUGCCGCACCACGCCGGUGAAAUUUCGGCAGGUGCGCAGCGACGUGGACGCGUGCGCGCGCGCGCGCGCGCGCGCGAGCGCGAGCGUGUACGCUGGACACGAGUACACCUACGCGCGCAUUGCAGGCAGGUGGGCAGGCCAGGUAGAUCGCCGUACAGCUACGUGAAAGGCGGUGAACGGUAAAGAGUGAGGCAUUUAAAUAAGAUACCGGAUUGUCGAUACUGGGUGGCUCAAUAGAGGACGCCACGUCCACUACUCGGCCAGGCAGGUACCUGUCGGGGACGGCCGUAGCCGGCUCGAAGAGACGAGAACCCGUUCUCGUCCUUCCCCCGCAGACUUACCUUUCUCCCUCUCUUCCCACUACCUCCGCGUGUUCUUCCCCGUAGACGGCCCGAUAUUUCCCACUCCCCCUUUCGCCGUGCCCCGGUCCUGCCGGGGCCCGACUCCAGUCCUCACCCGGGCCGUGAAACUGCAUGAGUGAGUGUCAGCAGCGGGCACUCAGUACUGUUACUGACGUUCCGUGCUGUGUACGAUCGCCCGUUUGUUGAUUAUCGUCUUCGUCGUCGUCGUCGUCGUCGUCGUCGUCAUCGUCGUCUUCGUCGUCGCUGCCUCUUCUUCAGCUGCUGAGUCGUGGACUCGGGUUUUACUAUGCGCCGCUCUUGAUACACAUAUGCGGUUCGUGAGGUCUAUCGAGUGAGCCCAGAGAGCAGCGAUUUCGUAUGCACAUAUGGACGAGAGCAUCACGAUGACCGUGCCUCCGCCGCUACCAGUGAAGACUCAGGGCCGGGAUGCGAGCCAGGCCGCUCGGCAGACUGUGUCAAUCCGGACCGUUUCCCCUUCCGCCUCGCCGGUUCUCGCCGGCGGGCCCGGAGCAACGGUAUUCGUCGGAGUUAGCGCUCCUACCGCCGAUUCCACGGCAACCUGCAGGAGAAGAAUCCCGGAAGUACGAUCGGCGAACGGCUACGAGGAGCAGAGCAGUGUCGUCGAGUCAUCGCGACAGCAACGGUGGCAGCAGCAGCAACAGCAGCAGCAGCAGCAGCAGCAGCAGCAUCAUUAUCACCAUCAGCAGCAGCAUCAAGCUGCGCACAUAGUCAAGAUCAAGAUCAACCCGGAUGGCGACAAGAACGGCAGGGUGAUAUCGACGGUACGGUUGACCCUGGACGAAAACGGGAUCGCGUGCGAACGCUCGGGCAGACGCGGCGACGGUGCGGUGGUGGUGAGUGCGACGAACCUGGUGAACGAGCGACACUGUGAGAGUGCCGGUGCCGGUGAGGGCUGUGUGAGGAUCAGUGUCUUCGGUGGCGAGCCGACACCCGGCAAUCGGGAGCAGCGCAACAGCAGCAGCAGCCGCAGUAACAACAACAACAACAACAACAACAACAACAACAACAACAAUAACGACGACGACGACGACGACGACGACGACGACGACGACAAGAACAGCGAGCGGGCCAACGACAGGAGGAGCGACAACAAAGACAUGGUGCACCGCGAGACCACGGAGACCUUGAACUCGUCCGCCCUCGGCGGUCGUCCGAACGCCUGCUUCUACUACAACUCGUACCAGAGCCCGUUAAACGGCAUGGUUAUGUCCAGCGGCCAAUGCUCGCCCAGCGACACUUUGGACAGCGGUACCUGCAGCGACCUGGACGGCACACCGCCGCCGUUGCCCAAGAAGAAGAACGCCAGCACGGUGAUUUUGACCAACAACACGCACAAUCGGACCGGCAGCCUGACCAGCAGCGGCGCCGAGGUCGACAGCGACGACAACGAGAGCAACAUCAGUUGCGACUCGUUGAACGGCGCCGAGGUGAACGGCGACGCCAGCGAAUACCGCGUGCACUCGUCGAGGAGCAAGGAUCUCGCUGCUGCUGCGAAGGAUCGCGAGGAGGAGGCGGUGGCGACGGCGGAGGCGGAGGCGGAGGCGGAGGAAGCAGCUGCGACGGGCGUCGUCGAGAAAUCGGACGUUCGAGUCCGAUCGGCGGACGACGAGCAUCAGGUCGAGAAAUCGAGCGACUUUCUUCGGCGUGUCAGCGCGGUAACGGAACUCGGCUCCGCUCCGUGCUCGCCGGUGUCGUCGGCCAGCGUCUCGCCGUCACCGUCCGGAACGUCGUCCCUGUCGAAAGCGUCGUCCACGCCGCGGGUGAGGAGUCCCGAUCCCGCGGUCGAGCAGAACAUCAAGCCGUUGUCGCCGGUCGUUAAGGAGUGCACGUACGAGGAGAGGAAGCAGCGCGAGCAAGAGAGGAUAGAGCAGGAGUGCGCGGACGGCGAGGGCGAUCAGAAUCAGUCGACCGGCCACAAGUACCUGUACGAGGACGACAGGUACUACAAUUUCCACGUGAACGAGCUGCGCGGCAACAACAACAACAACAACAACAACAACAGCUCCAACGGCGAGCACGGCGUCGCCGAGAACGACGAGUGCUUCGCCGGCUAUAAAAUCCACGACAAGGAAGCCAUACGAAGUGCCAAAGGGACUGUGCGCGGGGUGAAGAACAGAGUGCGAGCCGGCAUCGCGACGUUCCUGCAAACGCCCUCCUCCAAGGUUUACGUAGAAAGGGAGAAGGGUAGAGUGGUGCUUUACACGACGUCGUUGGGCAUCGUUAGGGAGACCUUUACCAAUUGCAUGAAGAUGAAGCAAAUGCUAUGGACAAACAUGGUCAAGUAUGAGGAAGCGGACUUAUUCCGCGACACGGAGUUGCAGACCGAACUCAGGGAUCGCACCGACUCGGAAGUCGUGACAUUACCGCAGCUUUUCGUCGACGGUCAGCACAUAGGGGGUGUCGACACAGUCGAGCGGCUUAACGAGUCGGGAGAGCUACGCCGUAUACUGGAACCUUACCAGUGCAAGGAUGCGUGCGUUGUUUGUACCUACUGCGGCGGAUUCCAGCGGCUCUUGUGUCCCGUCUGUCACGGCAGCAAAAGGUCCGUGCACCGCAACGAGUUUACGGUGGAAUUCGUCGCCCUAAAGUGCGCCAAGUGCGACGUUUUCGGUAUGAUUCGCUGCCCGCACUGCUGAGAGGGGACUCCACACGCGGCGGGAGGGAAAUUCCACGUACGUCUGCUGAAAUCUCAUUUCACUUAAUCUAUGACCACCUACUAACUUACAUCUCUAUUUAAGAUGCUACGAGGAUAUAUUAUAGUAUAUGUUUUAAGCGACGAUGUAAACACACACACAAUCGCACCCUCCAUAUGCGUACACACUACACACACACACACACAUGCACACACACACACACACACA